UUCUCCCGAACGGCAGUUACGAUUUGCAUCCGCUUUUCGUUGAUGGCCCCUUGAAAAACGCCUUUGUUAUUGGUUCUUAUGUGUCCAACUGUCCAUGGCUUCAAAUCAAAUGCCAGUUGCUGCACGAUGAACCACAAUGACCGCAUAUUGAUUUGAAAGUCCACUGUACAUCUGCAAUUUCUGGUUAUUUUUUCCGCUGCCCUUCCGAGAAUUCUUGGCAACUAGGCAAUCUAGCCUUGUGCAAAGUGCACUGCAUUCUUUUACAAUGCACGUGCACGUUAUACUGUACUUUCAACGGUGUCUUAGCAACCGUCAGUUGCUCAGGACUUAUGUCACAAGUUGUGUGGCUGACUGUUAGCCCCGAAAGCGUGGAAAAUAUAUAUUACAUAUUGUAAUAAUUAAAAUGUUUUUGCGUGUUUUGCGACAUUUGUAGCCUAACCAUUAAGUUGCCGCAGUGUAUAAGUCCCAGUCAUGGACAACGCGGGAAAAGAUUCAGAUCGUGCCGGCACCCGGUCUUUUAACGCCGGAGACCUGAUCAUAUCCUGCGAGCCGUGGGUAUGGUGUCUGCACUGGAAUUCUUAUCCAAAAGUGUGCGCCUAUUGUUGGUCAGAACCCAAAGAACUCUACACUUGUUCCGGGUGUAAACUGCACCGCUAUUGCGACAUAGAGUGCCAGGCUGCCGAUUGGAAGCAGGAACACAAGGCCGAGUGCGACAUACUCAAAUGUGUCGCCGAUGAACUUGCCUUACUUCAUGUCCAUGAUCCGGACACGGAUACCACCGGGGUUGAUGAUUUCGGAAUGAUGUCAGGGAGUACGAGUUCCAUACUGACACAAAAGAUUGCCAGAAAGGCUCGGCUGAAUAUAAUGGAGGAAAUUCCUGGACAUGGUAAACUAUCUGUUGAAGACAUUCUGAACCUUUUCCCCAAGCUUAACCAGCAUGAUGCGGUCAACCGCCGGUUCCAAAGAUGUCAUCCGUAUCUUUAUCAAGCCCUGUCCGCACAGUCGCCAUCCCCAUCGAUCCCAGACAUGGCAGAGUGUGUCACCAUCGUCCACUGUAACGCCUUUCCCAUUCUCAAGCCUGGAAGGAAGUCCCGUAUCAUUGGUACGGGACUGUUUCCGGCAGUACCGCAUGGCCUCAUGAUCCCAGUGUGCUGGGACAGCAACGUCACGAUGGACUUUAAAAAGCGCCGGUUGUUCAUCCAUGCCACGGAAGAUAUUCCCGUUUACACAGGCUUGCAUGAUCUUCGUUAUUGUGAAAUGCCUUUCAAUGUGUUCACAAAAUCACGGAACCACCGCCGGGCACAGUUUGAAGAGUUUUACGGACGUCCUUGUACAUGCUGCAAAUGCACUCCAGAAUACGCAGCGGAAAUCGAUCCUCUGAAAUGCGUGACCCCUGGCUGCACAGAACGUCUUCCCAGUGACAGUCGCUGCCUACUGGCGUGUCCCCAAUGUGGCGCGCUCAACAGUAACCGACUACGCACGUUCCAGACUUUCUUAAGCCGAUACGAAGCCAUAGAGAAAGAAGAAACUUGUAGAGAAAAGUCUGCAGAAGAAAUACUCAAAGCAGUACAACUUAAAGAAGUAAAGCUCCUUAAAGAAAUUGACAGUGCCGAUAUCCUUCAUCCCGAUGCGCAUUUGCGUUAUAUUCUGGCCUGGAUAGAAGGGCAUAAGCUGGUUUUAAAAGGGGAGCACGAAAAGGCCUGGGAAAUAUUUGAGUCGCUCGUACCGCGUGUGCGGGCCAUUUAUCCACGAUAUGGCUUUUGGCGGGCACAAGACUUACUGCUGGCGGCAAUACCUUUAACCGUCAUUGGACGGAAAGCAGUUUAUGCGAAAUCUACCGGCGAAAAUUCAUCUGCGAUCAACACUUUUCUGGCAUCUUGUCAGAUGGGCUUCGACAUGGCAGUCGAAGCAACUGAGAUUUUCGUAAAAUUAUGUGGAGCAGAUUCGAGCCGAGUACAGCAGGCAAGAGAGUGUCUGGAUGAACUAACUAUACAAAAGCAGUUAUUUGAUGUUUGAACUGUUGUCAUUACUAUAAAAAUGGAAAUCUUAUAUAGAACCACAGGUAUCUGCUCCGUUUCAUGUUUAAUACAAUUUAUUUUUAUUAUAAUUGUUAGCAGACGCUUAUGUACGUACUUCAAUUACAGUACUUGGUUGCAUACUGGCAAGGUUUAAGCGUUAACGUUUAUCCGAAUGAGCUAUUGCACAAAUUAAAUUUUGAA